UGUUGAUUAUCCCAGGAAACACUGAAUGCUAACAUGAAUGUUGUUUAUCCCAGGAAACACUGAAUGCUAACAUGAAUGUUGAUUAUCCCAGGAAACACUGAAUGCUAACAUGAAUGUUGUUUAUCCCAGGAAACACUGAAUGCUAACAUGAAUGUUGUUUAUCCCAGGAAACACUGAAUGCUAACAUGAAUGUUGUUUAUCCCAGGACAUGAACCAUAGCUACUACACAUCUAAGAUCUACGGGGCUACAGAGACUGCUGGUAAAUAUCUGUGGGUGGACAUAGAUCAGCUGGACCCAGGGAAGGGGAAGAUCCACGGCCUGCUGUCCAACACACACAGACAAGCAGCGAGUGUUCAUCUGUCCUUUGACUUCCCGUUCUAUGGUCACAUACUGAGAGAAAUCACAGUGGCAACUGGUGGUUUCAUCUACACAGGCGAUGUCAUCCACAGGAUGCUGACGGCCACUCAGUACAUCGCCCCUCUGAUGGCCAACUUUGACCUCAGUAUGUCCACAAACUCGACCAUCAGUUACUUUGACAACGGUACAGCCUUGGUAGUCCAGUGGGAUCAGGUUCACCUACAGGACAGUGUAAGUCAAGGCCCAUUUACCUUCCAGACCGCUCUGCACAGUGACGGACGCAUCGUCUUCGCCUACAAAGAGGUUCCCAUUGACAUCAGUGAGAUCAGGUCAGUGAACCAUCCUGUCAAAGUGGGCCUCUCAGACGCAUUUGUGGUGCUUCAUGAGAUUGAGCAGAUACCCAAUGUUCGCAGGAGGACCAUCUAUGAGUACCACAAAGUGGACAUCCUCAAGUCCAAGAUCGCCAACUCUACAGCGGUUGAGAUGCUUCCUCUGCCCACUUGUCUUCAGUUCUCCAGCUGUGGACCUUGUAUGUCAUCUGAGAUCGGCUUCAACUGCAGCUGGUGCAGCAGACUGCACAGGUGUUCCAGUGGCUUCGACCGGCAUCGUCAGGACUGGGUAGAUAAGGGCUGUCCUGAAGCGGGGAAAAACCAGAGCUGUGUUCAGAUGGUUCACACCAACACCACAACACCUUACAAUGUGCCUAACGCUCACACUACAACCACUCCAGUUGCCAUGACAAGAACAGUGCGACAGCGGACUACCACCUCCAUCACCACAACUACCUCCUCUACCACCACUACCACUGCCACUACUACAUCCAGAGCCAGACCUAGCCCCACUGUCACCACUGCCCUCCCCUUCACCAGUGCUCCUACGGUGGAUGACUCUAAGUUUUCCCUGCACACAGAAAAAGAAUUGCCUGCUGAGGUGGACGAACCAGAGGAGGAGCAGAGAGAGGUGCGCCUGCAGACUGGUCUCCUGGUGGGCAUCUCGCUGGUCAUGAUCACCAUGGCAGCAGCCGUCAUAGCAACGGUGUACAUGUACAACCACCCGACCUCAAGCGCCAGCCUAUUCUUCAUAGAGAGGCGGCCCGCACGCUGGCCAGCCAUGAAGAUGAGGUUCUGUCGCAGCUCAGGGAACCCUGCGUAUGCCGAGGUGGAGGAUCCAGGGCUGGAGAAGGACGAUCUGGUGGUCAUCGACCCCAAACACACCUUCGUCAUCUCCGGCCACGACCGCAGGGAGAGCUUCAUGGACAGCAAGGAUGGCUUCAUCGUCCCCAACCAAAGAGAACGGUUCCUGUCAGACCAUUGCUGACCGGACCUGACUGGAUCUAAACGGAUCUGACUGAACCGGACCUGGCCAAAACUAACCAGACCUGACCAUUCAGGAGGCUUUGGGGAGGAACUAGUAUUUUAUACUGUGGAAGGAGAAUGUAUACUUCGCUACCUUGCAUUCUAACUAAAAGUGCAUGAAUAAAGGAACAGACAGGAUUUGUAAGAGACCAUAUUCAGACACUUAGAGGACAAAUGGAAGUUUGAGGGGGAAAAAAGCUUAUUUUGUUGUUUAAACCAACACGUUUGGGCCUUCUUCAGUUCUACCGUGGAAGUGGAAUUCCUUGAACUAAUAGAUGGCCUUUUAUUUAGCAUGUACAAACGUCAAGGUUCAGAGCUGCUGAGGAAGAAAAACUAGCUGAUUUUAAAAAACAAUGAAAUAUAUAAGCUAAGAAUGUCAUCAGCAUGUUGACCAGGUUUUGUUUUUCCUGGUGGAAUGCACUGCUACAGCUGUCUGGAGAUGGAAAUGGCAGUGCCUCAGGAGAAUCUCAGGCCGACUCAGAGUGACUCAACGACAGCUACAGGACAAUCUUGAACAAUGUGCUGAUGAUUCUCUACUGUACAUAUGCUUAAUCUGCUGUCAUUUUCACGACGUUUGAAACAUUUGUGAUUUGUGUGAGAAUGCUGUGAUUGCAGAGGACAGGACACAUAAUAAAUUAAACUG